AUGGGGGAGCAAGGGCACAUGGAAGAGUCUAAGGUUGGGGAUGCAUCUAGGGGAGUAUUUACAUUGCUUGAGGAACUUGAACGUGGAGAAAAAGGUAUUGGAGAUGGUACUGUGAGUUAUGGAAUGGAUGAUGGAGAUGACAUCUACAUGCGUUCAUGGACAGGCACCAUUAUUGGGCCGCUUAAUGUAAGCAACUUUUUUAAGUUCAUUACGUAUUCUUUUGGAACUGUCUUCUUCUAUGCAGAGGCUAUUUGGAACUCUUGUAUUUACUCGGAGAAGAGUAGGAAAGAAGUAAAGGGUAUGCCUCCCUUCCUUAAUAGUCACAAGAAUGCGCUUAGACCUCUAUCAGUACCUUUUUCUUCUUAUUCUUCUUCUUAUGUCUAUGAAGUGGAGCAUUUUGUUUUAAAUGUCCUGAAGCGUAUAAGUGAUGAAGACUGCAAGUUGUUGGGCUUGAAUCCCAAGUAUGCCCAUCCAGAUUGA